AUGGGGCGCACUGAAGAAAUGCCUAUUAGUUUUCACUCAUAUCUACUUGACACUCAGCCACUCCAGGAAACUGAUGAAGACACGGUGGCAAACAUUGAGUACGUUGAAAUAAUGUCUGAGGAGGAGAAAGAGGAACUGAAGAUUGAGUUGGAAAAGCUGGAAGAUGAAAUUGUUACUCUACGUCAAGUGUUAACAGCUAAAGAGAAGCACCUGGCCGAGUUAAAACAUAAGCUUGGCGUCAGCAUGAUGAACGAGUUGAAGCAGAACUUUAGUCGCAGCUGGCAAGAUGUGCAGGGGCACUCUGCGUACAAAAAGACACAAGAAACUCUGAGCCAAGCAGGAAUGAAAGCAUCUGCUGCAUUAACUAAUGUGGGAAGUGCUAUAGGCAAGAAACUCGGAGAUAUGAGAUCACAUUCUAUUAGUUAUUCAAUCCGUCACUCCAUAAGUAUGCCAGCUAUGAGGAAUUCUCCUACAUUCAAGUCUUUUGAAGAAAGAGUUGAGAGUACAGUCACUUCUCUGAGGGCCAAGGUUGGAGGGACAAACCAGCCCCAAGGAAGUUUUGAAGAAGUUCUGAGUUCUACCGCUCAUGCAAGUGCUCAAAGCUCAUUGGCUGGGACCCUUCUUCCUGAAGCUGAAGAAGAUCUACAGUGCUAAGCA